AUGAACGCUGCAUGUUCGACAAUGCGCGCCUCGUCGAUCAUGCUUCGGCAGCAACAGCGGAGCGUUCGAAGGAUUUCUUCCCUCUCAUCAACCACCAUCCGUCCUUCGACGCGGAUCGCACCGUCACUAGCAUGCUUCGGUAAUGCUCGACAGUACUCCUCCCAGCGCGAGGAAUCGGCCAAGGACAAAUUGGCUAUUGGACCAUUCAACCUGAAAGCUGGUCUUCUAUUCCUUGUGACAGGUGCUGGGUUGCUCUACUACUUCCGCUCCGAAAAGCAAAAAGUAGAACAGAGGCGCAAAGCCGAGACCGCGUCUGCCAAAGUCGGCCGUCCACGCAUCGGUGGACCUUUCAACCUGAUCACUUCGACAUCGCAUCCUUUCACGCACCACGACCUACUGGGCAGCUUCUCCCUGGUCUACUUUGGCUUUACAAACUGCCCAGACAUUUGCCCUGAAGAACUCGACAAGAUGGGCGAAGUGGUGGAUAGGAUCGAUGCAAAGUACGGCAAAAAGCUCAUCAACCCCGUCUUUAUCUCGUGCGAUCCAGCACGCGAUACGGUACCACAGCUGCAGAGAUACAUGGAAGACUUUCAUCCGAGAAUGGUAGGGCUCACAGGCGCAUUUGAUGCGGUCAAACAGGCGUGCAAGGCAUACCGAGUGUAUUUCAGCACGCCUCCUGGUGCGGAUCCGAUGGGCGAUUAUCUGGUGGAUCACAGCAUUUUCUUUUAUCUCAUGGACCCCGAAGGCAAAUUUGUCGAUGCUUUCGGUCGCAGUGUCGAUGCUCAGGAGACAGGCGACAAGGUCGAUGCCUAUGUCAAACAGUGGAUCGAUGCUGGAUUGGAGAUCCAAGAGGCCGAUGCAAGGGAGAGGGUGCAGAAGGAUGGCCGCCAACAGGUGACACUCUGA